CCGAUAUCAAACAGAACAUGAGCCCCUUAUUUCUGGUUCCGCCACCGGGCGGCACUGCUAACUUUAUUCAAGUUUUAUCAUAAGUUUCAAUCCUUUGUUAUUGGGUUUAAGAUGGGUUUUAAUAUCCCAGUCCUAGUCUUCUAGGUUACAGUCUUCUCUUCAAUCAAAUAUUCUAACCCCACCCUUCUCUCUCUCUCUCUCUCUCUCUCUCUGUCUGUCUAUGUUUGAUUAUUUCUGUCCUUGUCUUGCUCAUAUGCUCCUUGCCAGCAUUCUUUGAAAAGUGACAAUUGUUUUGGGCCUUUCCCGAAUUCACAGCCAUGUGGAGAUCAUCUACUAUGUCUUCUCUGCUUCACCGAUUAGCUCAGCGUGGAGGAGUAGUCAGGGCUCAAUUUUUAAACUCCAGUUACAGUACAAUGUUGUUACAUCAAUCUCAGAUAUCUAACCAAAGCACUGCAAAAGCUAUGGCAUCAUUUCAGGAUGAAUUUGCCAGCCCAGCUAAGAGUCAGUUUCCAGAUCAAAAUGCUGGAGGCGUACAAGGGCGUCAAAUUGGGGAGAACGUUUCGAGAAAGGACAAGAUCAAUUUUCUUGUGAAUACACUUCUUGAUAUUAAGGAUAGUAAGGAGGCUGUUUAUGGUGCUUUAGAUGCCUGGGUUGCAUGGGAGCAAAACUUUCCUAUUGCAUCUCUUAAGAGGGCGUUGCUUGUUCUUGAGAAGGAACAGCAAUGGCAUAGAAUUAUUCAGGUGAUUAAAUGGAUGCUAAGCAAGGGACAGGGAACCACAUUGGGAACAUAUGGGCAACUAAUACGAGCUUUAGAUAUGGACCAUAGAGCAGAAGAAGCACACAAGAUUUGGGUACAGAAAAUUGGCAUGGAUCUACAUUCAGUUCCUUGGCAGCUGUGCAGACUCAUGAUAUCUGUAUAUCAUCGAAACAACAUGCUGGAGGAUCUUGUAAAGCUCUUCAAAAACCUUGAAGCUUUUGAUCGCAAACCUCCUGAAAAAUCAAUAGUGCAGAGAGUGGCCGAUGCAUAUGAGAUGUUGGGCUUACUAGAGGAAAAGCAAAGGGUGCUGGAGAAGUACAAUGAUCUUUUCACAGAAAAUAAAUCCCCCAAGAAAGGCAGGAUAAGCCCAUAUAAGAAAAAGAAGAAAUAAGGUAAGGCCUUGUAGGCCAUGAUGACAUGUUUAGUCCACAUUUGUCAGUUGAUUUCUGAUGAAAAUGAAAACCUACUGUAUAAAGAUUUUAAAGACUGACAAAGAAGGGAAAAAAAAAAAUUGUACAAGAGGUUAAAGGUAAACUUCUUUUUUAUUUAGAAGUUGGCUCUUUGGCAUUUGUUGAUUUAUAUAGUUUCACAAAAUAUUUUUCA